AUGCUUCAACAAUACCUCGAGAUCACAGCCUACCGUCCACUACCCAGCGACACUUUGUCCAACCUCACUCUUGCCAUGGACACUGGAAACAUACAAUUUGUACGUCUCAUGCUCCAACACCUCAUCACCAUCGACUUAACCGUGGUCAACCAGCAACAUCAAAAGAUCAAACCAACUUUCAAUCAACGUCGCUCCGUCAAGGUUGGAAUGCUUACGAUGCUACACGAGGAGUUCAACUGUCUAUUCAAACUCACUGAGCUCUUCAAAGCUGCCCUGUUGCACUCAACCAAGAACAACAUGUUGGACAGUGUUCAAUACAUAAUGGACAACAUGCCUUCAGACAUAGAGUUCCACGAGAAGGAUCGAACAUUCCCUGCAUGUCUACAACAUUGUGCUGUGACAGGUGAUAUCAACAUGUUCCAAAUGUUUAGCAAGUCGACUGCUGUUGGUGCCAGACUACUUUUGGAGUAUAAAUUGGAUGACAUGAUUGAGGAGGCGCGUGAUCGUGGCCAUGAAUCAUUCAUCAAACAUCUCUUUAAGCAUCAUGUUGGCAAUGACACAAUCACAGAGUCUUCUGAGAUCUGUAUACGAGACUCAUUAACGUCAACAGGAGAUAGUCUAAGUGUCACAUUGUUGUCUGCGAUCCGUAACAAUGACACUUUGAGUGUAGAGACACUUCUUACUCAGGAGGAUGAAGAGGAUCAUCCUUUCUGUGAGUUGGAUGCCAAGACCUGCCGAACAAUGUCAAAGGAAAUGGCUACAUUUAUCAGCGCCCCACGUGCACCUGGACCAUCAUUCACUUUCCACGACUCAUUGUUCAACAUGAUCACUGCCGUUGGCAAGCCGGGCAGUAACAUCACCGAUGACAUUGUAUGUCAGUUCAUUGAGAACUGCACACACGAGUCACUUUGUCUGGUUGCGGCAAUUCAAUCAAAGCGUCAAGAUACAAUAUCAUUCCUAUGUCAAGUGUUGGUAGAGGACAGAGAGGAGAUUGAACAUCCUUUAGUCAAGGAUGCAGCAUUCAAUUUCAUAAAAGAUGCAUCAUCUUUGGAGAGCAUCGAGUACAUAUUGGAGAAGUUGGGUCUCAAGGAUGAUCCAAACAUAUGUGUAUGUGCCCUGUACAAUGACCGACCAGAAGUGUUUGAGCACAUCAUCAACAUGUUCACACCAGACCAGAUUGGUGACUGUCUGCUUAAUGAUAUAGUAUCAUGUGCAAUGAUCAAGGAUAAUCUACAAGCUGUACAGUUACUUCAACAACGAUUCGGACCAUCAGACAGUGUACGAUCAGGGCAAUCGGCACUACUGUCGAUGGCUCAAUACAGUGCCCAUCACACUCUCGAGUUCUACUUUGCCUCUCCAUUAUUCAUCAACAUGUCAGUCACCAAUCGAUUGCGAAUCAUUCAUAUAAUCAUUGACAAAGCCUACGAUUAUGGUAUCACUAGGGUGAUCAAGCUGUGCACUGAUCAGAUCGAUUCGACACAAUCACUCAUUCAACAACAACAACAACAAUAUCAUCCCUUACUUCAAUCCAAGACUUGUUCACGUCAGUUUGAGUCAUUGGUUCACUCAGUGUUCAGAGACAGGAAGGUUGGCAUGCUCAUUAUGGGACAAGUUGGAGUGAUUCACAAGUCACUGGGUGUGGAGAUCAUCAAAGGGGCACACUUAUUGGACAAUCAUUGCCUCUCAGACUACAUCAAAUAUGGAGCGUUCGAAUGGUUCAUCAAAGCAUACUACUCCGCCAACUCCAAGACCAUCUCCUCAAGAAGGACGAACAAUGAUCUCCUUGUACGGGCAUUCCAGAGGCUUGACACCCGCUUCAUUGAUCUCCUCCUGGAUGACCCCUUGAUGAACAUCAGCGAACAAACAGACCAUCAAGUAUUCUUUUGGAGGUUGUCAAUAUGUACACAUCCAGAAUGGGAGAGAUUGUUUGAUCAGUAUGUCAAGAUCACUGCACCACUCAAGCUUGACCGGCUCACUCUUGCAUCGAUCCGACAUCCAUCAUUCCUCAACAAACUCAUUCAAAGUAAUGGACUCAUCAAACUCCCAACCCUGGACACUAGUGAUGGCGAAACUUACAAUCAAUGCGUUAAUAUGAUUGCAGAGGGAUGGCUGACCAAACCAUGGGCAUUAGAGAUGUUCCAACUGAUAGUCAAACACUCACUCAUGACUCCAGAGUUCCCACAACUAUUGAUCAAGGCGAUCAACCACAAUGUAUCAUCAGUGAUCAGAUGUUGGGUUGAUUCUCUAGAAGGACCCGAUGAGAGACUGAACAAUAUCUUGGAUCAAUCCAUCUGUCACAACAAGAUUGCCAUUGCUCAAUGGUUGUGGAAAGACCGCCUGCCCAAUCUAUCAUACAAGAUUGAUCCAUUGGAUUCGUUUGGCACUGCUUUGAAGUGUGGACACUUGGAGAUGUUUGACUUCCUGUGCACCAUCCAACAACAUGCAUCAACAUUCGAUCCCAACAAAUACUCGGAUGUGCAGAACAUCCAUCCAAGCAUCCUAUCAACCGAGCUGAUCGAGCGACUUAUGGCACAUCCCAACAUCAAGUAUCCCUUUGGCCUGGUGCUGGGCCAGGCGAUCCAGUCUGGCAACAAGGCAGUUGUCGAUAUGUUGUUGAAUGAUGAGCGACUCACUCUAUCAAGAGAGAGAACGUAUGAUUAUAAGGAUGCCGUAAUGAAUGCUAUUGAUGUUGGUGAUGUUGAUGUGAUCAGACAGAUAUUCAAGGUGGACCCAACAGUCAGACUAUACAAUGGAGAAGGAUUACUACCAUUGUUCAAUCACAUUGGUUUGCCUGGCAGCAUGAUCACCGAGGAUGUGAUCAUUGAAUUGGCCGACAAACUCAUCAGCCGACCAUCACUAUGUUUGAACGUACAGAGUCUACCCUUGUUGCUCUGCAAGGCGGCAACCAAGUCACUAUCAUUGAUCAAGAUGGUCAUCAAUAACUUUACAACAUUCAACAACCACCAAGGUGAUGAUGACGAUGUCUGUGUCGUGCACCAAAUGACACCAAACAUGUUCAAGGGAGUGAUUGAUGUUUGCAUCAAAAAAAGCGAUACAGAGUCAAUUGACUAUUUGAUACAUCUGGCCAUCACUGCUUCCAAACAACAACAUGUCCACAUCCAUGAACUAAUCAACUUGGAGAGUUGCAACAACACGUCAACACUGGCACACCUCUUUGACAGGGGAUAUAUCAGUAUCGAUGAUGACAAGAGUGAUGCUUUGCCAAGAUUGGUAGAUUGGGCUUGCUACACUGGUGACUUGGACAUUAUGAAGUUUGUCCAUCAACGAUGUUGCACAACAACACAACUACUUCGACACCUGCCAUCAUUCUUCCACAUCUUCACUGCAUGUUCCAAAUUCAAUCAUCACAAACUUCUCUGUUAUAUGUUUGAAGGUGAUGAAUCACCAUACAAUCGAGUCAAGUUUGAUAUAAUCCCAUUGCUUAUAAUUGUACGUCAUUUAUCUGUUCAUAAUGGCUACCUAAAGAUUGUUGCCAUGUGUGAUCAUAUAAUCUCAUCCAAUCAAACAACUACAAAAUAA